UUAGUCCUCGCACGUGCAAAGAAAUUUGCCUUUUCAACUCCCUCCACCUCCACUUUCCUCGUUGUGUACUACUUCGCUUCUUUACGUGUAACUUGAACAAGCAGCUCUCUUGUGGAGAGCUUAAAAUGGAAAGCUCAGAUUAAUCGCUCAUUCUCCGAUCCAUAAGGCAAUUGUUCAAUGAUAUCUUGUGAUUGCAUUGAUACACAAUUGGCCCAGGAUGAACUCCUGGUGAAAUAUCAGUAUAUCUCAGAUGUAUUGAUUGCCCUUGCGUAUUUCUCCAUUCCCUUGGAGCUUAUAUAUUUCGUGAAGAAGUCCGCAUUCUUUCCAUAUAGAUGGGUGCUAAUGCAGUUCGGUGCUUUUAUUAUUCUUUGUGGAGCAACCCACUUCAUAAGCUUGUGGACAUUCUCUCUGCACUCCAAAGCCGUCGCUGUGGUGAUGACUGUCGCAAAGAGUUCCUGUGCUCUAGUGUCAUGUCUAACUGCUUUGCUACUUGUUUACAUCAUUCCUGAUCUUUUGAGUGUCAAAACUCGGGAAUUAUUCCUGAAGAACAGGGCUGAAGAGCUUGACCGGGAGAUGGGCCUUAUCCUUACUCAAGAAGAAACUGGAAGGCAUGUUAGAAUGCUGACUCAUGAAAUUAGGAGCACACUCGAUAGAGAUACAAUUUUAAGAACCACUCUUGUUGAGCUAGGUAGGACCUUAGGCUUGGAGGAAUGUGCAUUGUGGAUGCCUUCAAGAACUGGUAUCACUUUAGAACUCUCUCACACUCUGAACCAUCAAAUACAAGUUGGAUCUACCGUUCCUAGAAACCUUCCUAUAAUUAAUGACAUCUUUGGCACUGCUCGAGCAACCUUUUUACCCUAUAACUGCCCACUGGCAGGGACCAGACCUGUUGUGGGAAGACAUAGGCCUUAUGAGGGUGUCGCUGUUCGGGUACCUCUUUUACAUUACUCAAAUUUCCAAAUCAGCGAUUGGCCUGACUUCUCUGCAAAAAGCUAUGCAGUCAUGGUUCUGAUCCUCCCUACUGACAGUGGUAGAAAAUGGAGAGAUCAUGAGUUGGAACUUGUGGAAGUUGUAGCAGACCAGGUUGCUGUUGCUCUUUCUCAUGCUGCAAUUCUGGAACAAUCUAUGCGGGCUCGUGAUCAGCUCUUGCAACAGAAUGUUGCUUUAGAUUUGGCUCGACAAGAGGCAGAGAAGGCAAUCCAUGCUCGAAAUGAUUUCCGCGCUGUAAUGAACCAUGAAAUGAGGACUCUGAUGCAUGCAGUUAUUGCAUUGUCUUCACUUCUCUUGGAGACAGAAUUAAGUCCAGAUCAAAGGGCAAUGAUAGAGACAGUUCUAAAGAGUAGUAACCUCUUGACAACACUUGUUGAUGAUGUUUUGGAUCUUUCCCGACUUGAAGAUGGUAGUCUAGAAUUAGAAAUUGGACCAUUCAAUCUUCACGAAGUUUUCAGAGAGGUCAUUAAUUUGAUAAAACCUAUUGCAUCUAUAAAGAAGUUAUCCAUGAAUAUAAAUAUGGCGCCAGAUUUACCAACAUAUUUAAUUGGCGACAAGAAACGACUGAUGCAAACUAUUUUGAACAUUGUGGGUAAUGCUGUAAAGUUCACAAAGGAGGGUUAUGUUUUGAUUAAAGCUUCUGUUGCAAAUCCAGAGUCUUCAAGAGACUGGCGACCUGAAUUUCACCCUGCGUCAUGCAAUGGCCACUUCUACCUUCGAGUACAGGUUACUGAUUCUGGCUGUGGUAUUCUGCCACAAGACAUUCCAUUUGUCUUUACCAGAUUUGUUCAAUCUCGAAGUGGCUCCAACAGAAGUACAGGUGGAGCAGGACUUGGACUUGCCAUUAGCAGAAGGUUUGUCAAUCUCAUGGGAGGGCACAUUUGGAUUGAGAGUGAAGGUCUUGACAAAGGUAGCACAGUAACAUUUCUUGUCAAACUUGGGAUAUGCACCACACACCAAGCUGUACCCAAAGGUCGAGUAAAUCAUGGAAGUGCAGAUCUCUCUGGACAUAAACAAGUAUUUAGAGACACCGAUGAGGUAGCUUUAUCCAAAACACGAUACCAAAGAAGCCUUUAGGUCACAGUGACAGCAGAUGCAGCAUUCAGGGACCAGCUUAUUCAGGAUAUGAUUUUUCUUCAUAUUCAAGUAAAAGCUGAAGGCCGAAAUCCUGGUGUUACAUAGAGAAGAAUGAAACCAAUAUAAUUAUGAGUUAGAUUUUAUUAUAAACUGAGUAAUGAUUAAUCUAUGACUGAAGCCUUGAUUAGUA